AUGCCCUUCUCCAACGUCUCCGCGGAGGAGGCGCGUGCUCUGUGCGAGUUCGCCGAACGGCGGCAGGUGUCUUGCGCGACAAUGGCCUCUGUGGGCAGCAGCACCGUCCCCACAGAGAGCGAAAGCGGUGCGGACAUCGACACCCACUUCCUCGAUGCGGUGGUUGGCGUCGUCGAGGCGGUGCUCAUGCGCUACGCGUUGACGUGCCUGUGCGACACGGCCACAACGGAAAAUGGCAAGCGAAAUCAACUGAACGUCAGCGCCAGUGGUGGCGCACCGACAUUGGAGCGGUUGUACCCGUUUCCGUCGCUGUUCCUGCACACGCCUCGAGCGUUCGUGCACCUUCACCGUCGACACUCUCAUGCAUCUGGCUGCUCACCAUCACCCGUGAGCGAGGGGGUGGACGCGGAACGCGAAGGCCCCUGUGCCGACGACGCGCUUGCCCCCGGCAAUGUCUACUGCACACCUGGCAUGCCACCGACGCCUCUCCUGUACAAGAACGCGUCUGUCGGCACAGCCUCACACGCGACGACGCACGAGGAAGCCGCCGUGCACAGCGCGACGGACGGCCAGAUGCAGCCGGCGCCAUUACCGUAUGAUAGCCUCGCUCGGUUCCCGCCGCAGCUUCAUCGCAACACAUCCGCCGUGCUGCACAACCCGGUCUUAGACAGUGCGCGCCGGAUGGUGAACGUGUCGCUCACGCCAGAGCCGAUCAGGCGGCCAAAAUUGGCGGCCGCGAGUGACAAGUCUUCGCCCCCGUCGACGUCGUCGUCGGUCCAGGAGAUGGUGCAGGUGGUGCUACAAGCCGAGGCCGCCGUGGUCGUCACCACCGCCGUCUCCUCAUCUGACGGUCCCUCGGCGGCUACAUGGUUCUCCACAGACCCUCGGUCGGCGUCCGUGACGGACACCAGGAGCUGCCGCGUAGCCGAGGAACGCAUGCUGAAGCCUGCAGCACCGGACACAGCAGCUCUCAGCGAGGCACCGCUGCUUUUCAGCCCCGACGCAACGUCGUGCGUGUUGGUCGCAUGCCGGGUGGCACUGCAUGAAGGGUGGCAGUCGCUGAUAGCCUCCUCUGCUGCAGGUGCGAGUCGCUUUGCGGGUGCGUGUGGGCGCACCGCCGCUGCUGCCAUGGCCCACCUCGACCGUGAGGACGGCGUCGCGGAGAUGCUGCACCAGCUCGUGUGGGAUAGCGCCGUGCCUGCCGUCCUUCACGCGGUGCACCAACACUACGCGACGUGCAUGAACGCCACCAGCGUUCGAGGAAGCCAUGAAAGCAGCGAUGACACUGCCUCCUGUACGGCUUCCGUCAUGACGCUGAAGGACAUGUUGGCGCGCUUGUGGUGCGCGGUUGCGCCGCCGGCAGACCCCGCCUCCACGCCGCCUCCGCCCUUACUUCAGGUCGACUGGUACGUGGUGGGCGCCACCCGCAUGCGCAAGAGCGCCGCGCCGGUGCUGGCGAACGUGUUCCGGCAGUUUUUCGCUGCCUCGCCCGUGACCACGCCUACCAAUCCGCACCUUCUCGCAGAGGAAGUUCAUCUCAACAAGUCUCGCCCGCAGAUCACGAGCGUGGCCACCGCGACGACCGCGUGCACGGUCAACGUCGCCCACCGCCUCCGCGAGGAUGGUGUGUGUUUCUGGUCCUUCAACACCACCCUCCAGCCCUGGUGCGUCGAGCCGGACGGUCGGCGGCGUUAUGCCUACCCCAUGACAUGGGGGCUGUUGUUGAGCGUGGCGACGGGGCACAGCUGGCCCGCCACCGUGCACCCCGGCACCCGGGCGUGCCCACUUCGCGAAAUUCGAUCUCUCUCCGUGGAGAACGGCUACCAAUGGGUGACGCCACUGUCCUCCGAUGCGCUGCACGGUACACGCCGUGCAUCGACUGAUUUCGGACGCGCAGGCGGGCUGCAGCUCGCGUGCAACGUCGUGCCGUCCACUACUGUCGCGCAGCGCGUGAACAAGAGUGCGGCGUCGACGCCACCGUCCCUGCGGCUGUGGUCCGCGCUAGACGCCCUCCCCGCACCAUCCAGCGGCGCGGAGCGUGAUGGGGAUGGAGUGUCACGGCAAGAGACGACAACUCAGACUACCAAGUCGGUGACGGCCACAGUGACCUUGGCCUCAUACGUGCGGACGCUGCUGAGCCGGCAGGAGGCAUGGUGGGCGCGGGUACGGCGUUGCCAGAUGGCGCCAUCCGAAGCUGGAUCGUUGCCCACGCAGGUGCCGCUGACGGCUUUAUCGGCACACAAGCGGGUUCUCCCGCUGCUACUGCGGCGCCGCACCUCGUUCGCCAGGCCGUCUCCUGCACGACGACAUCAGCACGAUGACGAGGAGGACGGCAGGGACAACGACGACGACGGCGGUAGAGGCUCCCUCGUGCACUGGAGCAGCGUCGAUGCGGCGGUGGUGCGCACGCUGCUUUCACGUCCGCGAGAGAGUCUCCUGCAGGGGUCCACCACUCCGCACUGUGAGCCGCCAGACUUCUGCGACCACGCACGCGACGGGCUCCUGUGGCGGGCGAGCGUGCGGCCUGCAGAUAUCUUUGUCGAGGGCACGGAUGGUCUGUACAUCGAGUGA